AUGCCCAAGGCUUGCGAUGAGGAGGCUCUGGUGGCUGCUCUCCGGAAUGUCGAUAUUCUCAUCUCUUUGGUCGGCCACUCUGGGAUUGACUGCCAGUACGAUCUGAUCAGAGCGAACCUGAAGACCAAGAUUCAAUUGUUUGUUCCUUCCAAUCUCGCCGUGAUUUACCGCAGGCAGGGACUAGGGACAGAGCUCAUCAGUGCCAAGAUCAAAGUAGAAGAGGCAGCGGAGAGGCUGGGCGUGCCGACAGCAGUCGUGCUGUUCGGCAACUUCGCGGAAUUUGCGCUUGAUACACCGAAACAGUGCAUCGCAGCCACUGAAUCUCUGCACCACGCCAUGAUCGAGGCCAACGACCCACUAGCGCUUGCCUGGUACACGCGUAAGAACUGGGGAAAUGGCGAUCAGCUAAAAUUUCUCGGGUCGGAUAUGUCGGAGGUGGAGGGUUAUGAGAAAAAGUCCAUUGAGGACUUGCUAGUAGCAGAAAACUCGGAAAGUAUCGGGCUAUGCCGGAAGAGGUCACCAAGAUCGGCUUGA